GUUAAGAUUGAUGGACUCGGCGUCUUCAUCGAGCCCCGGAGUCCCCCCAGGGUUCAGGUUUCAUCCCACCGACGAGGAGUUGCUUUUGUUCUAUCUCAAGAAGAAGUUGUGCUCAGAGAAGUUUGAUCUUGAGGUGAUUAAGGAUGUGGACUUGAAUAAGAUUGAGCCGUGGGAGUUGCAAGAGAAAUGCAAAAUAGGAGCCACCCCACAAAAUGACUGGUACUUGUUCAGUCACAAGGACCGCAAAUACCCGACAGGAUCCCGAACCAACCGAGCAACCAAUGCAGGAUUCUGGAAGGCAACCGGCCGUGACAAGUGCAUACGCACAAGCUAUAAGAAGAUCGGCAUGCGCAAGACCUUAGUUUUUUAUCGCGGUCGAGCUCCUCACGGUCAGAAGACUGACUGGAUCAUGCACGAGUAUCGUCUUGAAGAGGCCGAUGAUGAUCAAGACGGUGAUAAUGAGGACGGAUGGGUAAUAUGCCACGUCUUCGAGAAGAAGUGCUUCUUCAAGAUCACCAGCGGCAGCAGCGAUGUCAACUCAAACGAGCACCAUCGACGCCCCAGCCUACACAACCACCGCGGCGCCGCAGAUGACCCACGACCAAUCUCGUACUCUCACCAGUUACCACCAACAAAUCCCUACUCUGGAGCUCAGCUUCAAGAUCUUCUACCAAACCCUCGACCAUCGACAGGCUACGACUUCGAUGGGCUGGGUGUGGUCGGCGUCAAUGGCGGAUGCGAGCAGAUUCAUCAGAAUGUUGAAGGAGGGAGUAACUGGGGGCCUGUUGAUAGCAAAGGAGGGCAGAUGGACUUGUGGGGGUAUGGCAAGUAG